AUGCCCUUGCUAGCAGAAAACCCUAAUUUAGCCAUGGCCCCAGACUUUGAAGCAUCAGAAUACACGCUAGCUCAUGCCCAACUCAUGAAUGAAACGACAGACGAACAACAAACUGCCAAAAUUCUAGCUAACCUAUGGGAAAUUCAGAACAACGCAGACAAGUGUCAGUGGGAAGUUAGAAUCCAAGAAGAAGCUCAGGUAGCAGAAGAAGAGCAAAGGCAAACUGCUGAAGCAGAAGCCCAGAAACAACAAGCCCUUCUCGCAGAAAAAGAAGCUGCCAUAUCUGAAGAACAAAAGAAGAACAAAUCCAAAUAUGCACCAAUCCGCAACAUAGAUGUUCCGUCCAAUCCAAUAAUCCUCCCAUGCCAGUAUGCCAUCUGA